AUGGGUAUUGCAGAGGCAGCAGGAAAUGAGGAGAAAGAAGAAGCUAGCAAAGUAAUUCUUUCUGCUGAAGAGGAGAGGCUUGUUGUUGCCAAUGUUGGUUUAGGUAAUGGUGUGAGUAGAAACCAACUGCUACUGGUUUUAGAGAAAUGUGGACUGGUGGAUGCUCUCUUAAUGCCACCUUACAAGCCCUACUCAUUUGAAAGAUACAAAACUACAGAAGAAUCUAAGAGAGCCUAUGUUACUCUCAAUGGGAAAGAAAUAGUGGAUGAUUUAGGACAAAAGAUGAUUCUGUAUUUGAAUUUUGUGGAAAAAGCACAAUGGAAGGAGUUGGGGCCUCAAGCCUUACCACUAGUCCUUAUAGUAGUAGAAGAAAUAAUUUCUACUGAGGAUGAGAAAAUUCUUUUGGAAAGUGUUGAUCAAACAAAAGAUACAGACCAUCAAAAUUUUCAAAAAUGCUUAAAACACAGAAGAGUAAAGCAUUUUGGUUAUGAGUUCCACUGUGAGAAAAACAAUGUAGAUAAAGAUAAGCAUUUGCCUAGGGGUCUUCUUGAUGUUUGUGAUAGCUUUUUGGAGAAAUGGUUGAGGGAGGGUUACAUUAAACAUAAACCUGAACAAUUGACCAUAAAUCAAUAUGAACCUGGGCAUGACUGUCAUGGAUUUUAAGUACCCAGAUGGUAUCACAGUGCCAGUUAUUUUGCCUUGUUUGAGUUGGCUGGUGAUGACAGGAGAAUCUAGAUACCUUUGGGCCCAUGGGUUACCCUUUGGCUUGUGAUAGCCAGAGGAAAGAGACUCCUCCCUCCUUUCCGGAGAGUGAUAAAGAAGCCUGACAACUAGAGCAACAGUACAUCCAUCAAGUUUAUUAAUAGAUUGCUGGGCACUUCAGCAGCAUGAGAUAUACAGCUUGGCCACACAUCAUUGAGUUUUUGAAGGCUUUGCCAAGUGGCUUAAUAGUGGCUGAUACUGGAUGUGGUAAUGGAAAGCACCUUGGCAUCAAUAAGGAGUUAGAUGUGAUUGGUUGUGAUCAGAGUCAAAACCUUGUGGACAUUUGUAGAGUGAGACAAUUCCAGGCUUUUGUUUGUGAUGCAUUGGCAGUACCAGUCCACAGUGGGUUUGGUAUGCCUGACUCUCCAUUGCUGUUAUUCCCCAUUUUGCAACAGCAGAACAUAGAAUGACAGCUCUUCAAGAACAUGUUGGACUCCUGAAACCUGGUGGGAAGGCACUCAUUUAUGUCUGGGCAAUGCAACAAGAAUAUAUUAUAAUAAACAGAAGCCCAAGUAGCUUACAGGAAACAGAACUAGCCAAGGAAAGAGAGAGGAGAUAAGCAGUGACACCUCAGUGCAGGGGAUGGUUGUGAAGCAAAUGCCUGAUGUGGGCAGUCAAGACUCAGCAUCUUCUGUCUCCUCCAUUAAUGACUCUUAGGAGGGAGGAUAUAAUUCAAGGCAAGUUACUAAUUCCAAGCUGCCUAUUCAUAUUAACAGGACUUCUUUUUGUUCUCGGGAUGUACUGGUCCCCUGGUACCUUAGGGGAAACCCUGAUAAAGACAAACCUGUUGAGCAAUUUGGUCCCAUAUGAUCCUAUGACCCAAGUUCCAUGUUUCAUCAUUACUUAUGUGUUCUGUGAGGGAGAAUAGGAAGUUGCCUGCAGGACUGUGAGUGAUUUCAGCAUUCUGCAAAGCUACUACGAUCAAGGAAAUGUGUGUGUGAUUCUUCAAAAGGUCUGAUUAUUUACCUGAACAUAUCAUGUAUAAAAAAGAAAUGCUCAUUUUGUUUCAAAAAAAGGAGAACAAUUAUCAUUUUAAUUAAAGAGAAAACUAAGAAACUACCAAAGGAGGGCUCUUGAGAAAAAUUUGGAAGUAGAGAUUCAUUAGGAGACAUUCAGUCAGCUACUGUUGGCUGACCUCAUAGAUGUAGUCUCCUACAACUUCCCUACAAGAGAUGGCUUCUAAAAGCAAUUAAAGUAAUUUGUGCAGUGCUUGUAAUUCUUGGGUAAGAGUCCACCAUUUUGAAGAUAACCUUUUGUUAUAAAGUGUUACUGAAUGUACUAAAUCAUGUAGGAUCUUAGUGAAGUAAUUCUAUCACAUUUUAAUAAAGGAAAUAUUUCUGGUUAAUAAAAAAACAAAUAUAUGCUAAUCUUCAAAUUAACUUGACUAAUCUAUUUAUAAAAGCUAUACUAUUCAUCACUAUAACAUUUUUUAUUGUAAUAUGUAACAUUUUCAUAAACUCUAAUGCAGACAUGAAUAUCAUGCUAACAUCAGUCAAUAGGGUGCCUGUUUUGCAGCUUCUCUUGCCUUCCUGUGUGUUCCUGGGUGGCCUAUCAGUCUCAGGUGCAGUAUGUGGACUCUAAGAAUGAAAUGGUCAGAUUCUCUGGUGUGAAACUCAAACUACUGUCCUUAUUUCUCAUUUUUUAAUUGUAGUGUCUAAGUGGCUUCUGUGUUACUUAUGGGCCAAUAAAUGAUGUGUAACCUCCUCUUGAUGGUAUUCUGGAGUCGGGAGAGGUAGUGAAAUGGAAGAAUAACUCAGGUGUAUCACCUGUUAAACCCAGGAGGUGGAGGUUGCAGUGAGCAGAGAUAGUACCACUGCAUUCCAGCUUGGGCAACAAGAGCGAAACUCCAUCUCAUAAAUAAAUAAAUAAAUAAAUAACUUGCUGAGGGGGUCCUAAAUUUUAAAUAUAUACCACUGUUGUCAGACACUUAGGAGUGGAACUGGAAUACUGGCAACGAAGGAGAUCACUGGAAUAAGUUACAGAGAACAUGUGUCACUAAUACUUAGAACAUUAUCUGGAAUAUAAUAGACACUCAUUUACUAGAUUAACAAAUGAAAAGUGUAUAUGAAUGCAGCUUAAUGUGCCAAUGAAAGGCAUCAUGUGCAUUCUCCUUAGUUAUAAGUUCCAACCAGCUGGCCUUCAUUUUACAUAUUUGCUAUUUUGGCUAUUUAAUAUGCCACGCAACUCAGCAUGCUGGACAGUGCACGUGUGUGUGAUUUGUAACUAGUCAGCUACAACUACAAGUUGAAUUAGUUAAUUAACCUCCUUCACAUUUUUAGGUCUAAAAACAAAAUAGGUGUGUUGAUCUAUAAGUGGGUCUUGAUGGCAGAAAUACUUCCCCGUAGUGGCAUCUGGAAAUAUAUAGGGGUAGUCUUUUCUUUUUCUAUGCCUAGUAGUUUUCACUGGCAUUUAUUGACUUAGAUACUAGGUAAGCUAAAUACCCUGCAAUCUUAAGGAUGAUCUCACACAAUGAAAAAUUGCCCUGCCCAGGCUGACUUGCCAUAGUGGCUCAAGCCUGUAAUAUUAGCACUUUGGGAGGCUACAGCUGGAGGAUCACUGAGCCCAGGAGUUUGAGACCACCCUGGGCAACAUAGCAAGGCCCCCAUCUCUACUCUACAAAAAAGAAAAGAAAAUUAGCCAGGCAUGGUGGCACUCACCCGCAGUGCCAGCUACUUGGGAGGCAGAAGCAGGAGGAUCUCUUGAGCCCAGGAGUUCAAGGGUGCAGUGAGCCAUGAUCGCACCACGGCACUCCAGCCUGGGUGACAGAACAAGACUC